AUGGUUGUUACCUCUCUGCAGCAGCACCACCCCCACUCCCAGGGUUCGGCGCCUCAUCUCCAACACACCCGACCUUCAAGCAUUGUUCAUCAGCAACACCACCAGGCCCCUUCGGCCCAGUCGGCGUACUCGUCGCAUUCCAUACAGCCCUACCAGGCAUCGAGUCACUCUGGGGGCGCGCAGCAUUCGCAAGACAUUCCUUAUUACGCUCAUCAAAGCCCUUAUAGUACCCCUGGCACCACCAGCGGAUACACGUCCGCAGAUACAUCCGAUAUGAUGGCUACGGCCCAGAUACCUCCACGGUAUCCACCGAUCUAUCAUCCACCGUCAUCGAAUUCUCCAGCCUCCGUCGCGUCGAACUCCACCCAUGACCAACAUAGAAGUAUUUACGGGCAACCAUCUUCGCAGUUACAGCAUCAAUCAAUGUACUAUGGCGCACAGCAGAACCAGUAUCCGUCGAUGCCUCACCAAGCAGCAUCGCCCUAUCAGCAACAUGCACAGCAGCCUCAUCAAUCAAUGACGUCGCAGCCUAGCAUGAUGAUGUCUCAGACCGGCCCACAGCACCAGCUUUCUCAACACGCCAGCCAGCACGCUCAGGCAGGGAUGACCGGUAGCCCAAGACAUACGAAGCUGGAACCUCAGAUGACGCCUCAGUUGCAGCGACCAAGCUCAGGACCGCUAGGAACUCCUCAGCCCAACCAGAAUGGUGGUCAAUUGUCAACACCCACCGGGUCUUCUACGCCUGGAAUAAAUAACAACGCCGCCCCUGGCCCUAUCCCUGCCACAACGCCCUUGGUUGUGAGACAAGAUAACAACGGAGUUCAAUGGAUUGCAUUCGAAUACUCACGCGACCGUGUUAAGAUGGAGUAUACAAUACGCUGUGACGUCGAAUCUGUGAACACAGAUGAACUUGGUGCUGAUUUCAGGACGGAAAACUGUGUAUACCCUCGGGCUUGCUGCGCAAAAGAUCAAUAUCGCGGCAACCGACUUCAGUAUGAAACCGAGUGUAACACAGUGGGAUGGGCGCUUGCUCAGCUGAACCCGUGUCUUCGUGGAAAGAGGGGCCUUAUUCAGCGAGCUGUAGACAGUUGGCGCAACAGCAAUCAAGAUCCAAGGCUACGAAGUCGACGUGUUCGCAGGAUGGCUAAGAUGAAUAACCGCAAGACAGUCCAACCUCCUCAUUCUACACACAUGCCUGGUCCCGGUGGCCCCACCGGGUUGUCCACCCCUGGCAGCAUGGGCCCCGGAUCUGCUACGAGCCUGGGGAAGCCUGGAAUCAGUAGCAUGAGCUCGCAGAUGCAUCAUCACCAUAACCAUGAAGGAAAUGCACCAGGUGGAGGGGAUGAAGUCGGAGAUGGAGAAUACAUGGAUGAGUCUCAUCAUCAUCAUCAGGCGCCCGCAGGACCGGGGUCCGGAUCUGCAGAUGAUGUCCGGCAAUCCCAUGUCUUUACCGGGUAUCCUCAACCAUACCCCGGUCAUGGCAGCUCAGGAUCCUCCAUGGCCCCCAUGCAUGAUGGACUUGGCAGCUCUCACCAUGGUCCGAUUGCCGCUAAGCGCCAUAGCCGGGAUGACGAGGACAUUAACCCUGAAGGCCUGUUUCCGGACAUCCCUGAGUCUAAAAAGCGAAAAUUCAUCCUUGUAGAUGACAACCGUCGGGGUGGUCGGCUCCGAGUGCGUGUGCAACUGGAGGGAGUCGAUACGAAAGAAAUCCCCGACUCGUUCCGUAAGCGGUCAGCUGUCUUCCCUCGCAGCUAUUUCCCUCGGGAGAUGCAGGACCCACCGCCGAGUGCUACUGGUAGUCGUUUCUUUGAAGACGAUCUGAGUGAUGAUGACGUAGAGGUCGAUGGUGGCCGUAUGGGGCGCUCGAAGACAAGCCGACCUAGAGAUCGUGUUCUCGUCAAAGUCCCAAUGUCGAACGGGACUGAGGGAGAACUUGCCAUACCAAGAAUGAGAAAUAGCAAUCGGACGAAGGAAGUUCGGUUGAAUGACCUGGGAUUUCGAAUGGCUUGGCUCAACGGCCGACCUUUCGCGGGUCGCACCAUCUUCAUGCAAAGAGCUCUUGACUGCUACCGUAACAAGACACGCACUGCUGCCGAGAAUGCCAUGAUGGACAUCAAGACAUCUGCACCACAUUACGAGACACGAGUUGGAAAGAGGAGGUGGAACGAACGUAUGGGCGCCGGUGAUAAGUCUGCUGAUGACGCUUAA